CCUACGAAUCAGAAAGGGGCAAGGGCACUAGGGCAGUUUUCGGAAAUGGGAAUAUCUCCCCCUACCACUCCAUCACUCCAUGGCUCUGCCUAAGGGCUCUGGCUGUCGUCAGAACUCGCUGCUGAGACAUCAUCUAUCACAUAGCUAUGCCAUCGGCAGUGGGUGCCAAUCAAGGUUUGGCCCCAAAUGAUUGUGGUAGUUUCUAUGGAGUGUGAUGAGGUGGUGAUGCCGUGAAGACGAGUGCCAUGUUAUUAAAGGCAACGAUAGAGGAAAUACUUUGCAAGCAUAGAUUGAUCAUAUCAAGUUUGUGUGAACAGAGUCACAAUGUAGUAAGCAAUAUGAAAGCCCGCUAUCUCCUUCAGGUAUAGCACAAAUCGUGAUGCCAAUGCAGCAAAAGGUGAUUGUGAAUUGAAUAGAUGGUGAUGAAGUUGUUGUAUUGUGCGAUGAACUAAUGCUGCCCAACCGGUCCAUGUCAUCAUUUGAAUUGUGAUAUUCGUCCCUCAGGGAAAGAUAAAAGAGGAUGGCUGGAAGAGGUCGGCUACCUCGUCAUGUUGCAGAAGGCAGCAGGGGUUUCCACCCAGGCAUUCGCGAUGUCCCAUCAGUUGGCCGUCGCCUAACACCCCAUCCUGCUAUUCUUGAAGAAGAGCUUGAGAUUCAGACAGAGGAAAUACGUAGGCUGUUGUUAGAGAACCGAAGGUUAGCUGAAGAUCGUGCAGGAAUGUACCGGGACAUUGCUUUCACCAAGGAUGAACUGCACCGAUUAAAUUUUCUGAUUGCAGAUAUCCGCACGGAGAAAGAAUUCCAUGCUAGAGAGUUGAUAGAAAAAGGUUUGAAGUUAGAGGCUGACCUUCGGGCUACUGAGCCUUUGAGGCUAGAAGUUUUACAGCGGCAGGCAGAAGUCAAAAAAUUGACUGCUUUAAGACAGGAGCUUGGUGUCCAAGUUCAAAAUCUCUCUCAGGACUUGGCAAGGGCACAAGCUGAAAAUCAGCAGAUUCCGCAUUUGAGGGCAGACAUAGAUGGCUUAAGACAAGAACUUGCUCAUGCCAGGAUGGCAUUUGAGGCAGAAAAAAAGGCCAGCAUUGAGCUGAUGGAGCAGAAGCAGGCAAUGGAAAAAAAUCUUGUUUCUAUGGCCCGUGAGAUUGAGAAAAUUCGUGUAGAUAUUGCUGGAUCUGACCAUAGGCCUUGGGCUGCUGGUGGAAGUUAUGGAACUAAAGUUGGUAGUCCAGAGAUGGGUUAUGCAGGUCCAUAUGGAGAUGGAUAUGGACUUUCUUCGGUUGUUGGUGACAAAGGCCACAGUUUUGGGAUUGGAUCAAAUUCAUAUGCACUUGACAAAUCCCGUCUUGCACAUCGCUGACUGCAGAGUUGUCUUGAUGUUCAAUGAGCUUGAGCUUGGUGUUGCUCUAGGUUACUGAUGUUAUAGUAGAAGCACUAGAUUUCUAGUUCAGUGCAGAUGAACAUUAAGUUCACCUAUUCGUAUAUAAUGUCGCCAUUUGCUUAUGCAAAACUCCAUUGUUCAUGGCAGAGUAAUCAUCUUGCAGUUGAACCUCUUUUAGGUUUUGCUACUUAAAUUUCAUUUGAGUUUUGCCUUUUCUUUUCCCAUUGCCCAGUGGCUUCCGUCUAAUUAUUUCCUCUUUCAAGUCAUUAAGAUAUGAGUAUGCAGCCUCAUUCAUCAUGUAGAUCUUUGUUAUUCACUAUGCAAUCAAUCAUGUUAACCUGUUUUGCAUCUAGAUGUGCUAUCGAAAACAUGCCCGAACUUUUUAUUUUUAACCUGAUAAACCCUAUUUCUUUCUGUAUAGCUCGUCUUAACUUUCAUAAUUUUUUUAUGCUCUCUCACAUACAAGAGCUGUUGAUAAAAUAAUUUGAGACUGGAGGGGCCUUUUUUAUCCUCCAGCAAUUUUUCUGUUAGUGAUUUUUUCCAUUGAAAUUCAAAGAAUGCCAACAAUUGGAUGGAUUUGAUGCUAUUUCCAUUUGGCAUUUUUUCUUUUUACUUGUGAUACGUAAAUGCUUUGAAAGCUUUAAUUUUUUUCCAGUGACUGGAAGUUGUAUUUUGUGGUCGGCUAGGAUUUGUACUAGCAUAUGCGUUCCUAAAUUUGGAGUUGCAUAAGCUGCACACCUGUACCUGUUUUGUCAUCUUAAGAGAUUAUAACAUGAUAGACUUGAGGUGUAAAGGUAGGAGCCUAGGAGGCCUACUGGAUUAUGGAUUUGAAUGGCUACACUUUACAGGUUGUUACUCCCAUAGAGCGUCAUUUUUACUUUUGGGCUGUAAGGUUAUUGAUGUUCUGACCUAAAAUCAACAUGAAGGGAAGUUAACCUGUUUCAAAUCUGUCCAUGUUUCUGGCUAAUUAAUACGAUUGUGUGGAUCUCUUGGCAGUUCAUUUGGACUUUGAUAUGCAAAGUUUGGACUGAGUGAUCGUUAUGCUUGAUUUUUCUUUGGUGAUUUUGCUUUCAAAGCAAUUACCUCAUAAAUAGUAUUUUUAAUGAGAUCUUUAUUACAUCAUUCACAAAUGUUAAACUCAGUAUGUGUGUACAGUUGCUGUGUGACUUCUGGUUUCGAUGCUUGUUAUUGGUGGCCCCAGAGGUAGUUAUGAAUGCAUUUCUUCGGUAUAAUUAGAGUGAAUGGUUUACCUGGGUGCAUUCAAGAUGGCACUAAGUGCGUCUUUCCUUAAUCUGCUACUGAAAUUUGCGAAAUCUUCCAGCAAAGCCAAUGAACUGUGAUGUUUGGGCCGCCAAGCCUGUGAAAUGUGCCAUUAGCUGGUUGAUGGCUGUAAAGUUGCUGUGGGUCUUUCUCUUUUUGCUUUCCCUUGUUCUAUCACUGUGGACGAGAUGAUUGUCUUCAGUUUCUGUUAUAUGGAUGUAGUGUUGAGUGUUCUGCGUGGCUUCUGAUGGGAAUAUCCAACAUGGAAUUUUAUGAUUUAUUUGUCUAGGUCACUAAAAUUUUGUUCCCUGAAUAAUGAGUUGAAUUGGAAGGCUAUUCUCUUAGUGCUAUUUUUAGAUCUUCCUAUGGAUAUGACCAGCUUUCAUGUGAUCCUGGUUAUGUAUUCUCUAGUCGUGUAAUUGGUAUCUCAGUGCUGGAACCAAGGAUGACAAACCGGAAACAUAUGGAGUUGAAUCAUUAAAGUUGCUGCUGCUUCCUGGGUUGAUAUGAUGGCAAGACAGUUUUUGGAAUGACUGGAUAAAAUGAGUUUCUUCUUCCUUUCUCCUGUCACUUGUGGGAGAUUGGUUCAUGAAAAGAUCUUAAAAGAUUUGGCAGUACGGAGACACCUUUCCUCUUGUGCUCAUUUGGCAGUGUCUCCAUGUUUUAUUGUAGUCGAUAGGGCAGGGAUACGAGAGGGGUUUUUAGGUGUCAUUUUUCUGAGGUGGAGUUAUCAGUUGACUUUGGGGGCCCUUGGUGGGGAUUGAUGUUAAGAGCGGGUUGAGGUGUCACUGGUAUUAUUUUUGACGGACGGUUCAGCUUUUGCAGUGUGGUGAACUAAAGAUGAAAUGUUGAUGAGGUGUUUAUUAUAAUUGAGCUGCACACCUGGAGCAUUUUUUGGGGAUGUGAGAUGAACCUAUAGGUACACAGUAAUAGGCAUAUGUUGGAGUGUGUAAUUUCUAGUUAGUUCAUCAGAGGUUUUGGAAUGAGUCUGAAUAUGUUUUUUUUUUUUUUUUUUUUUUUUUUUGCAUUUAAUAGAUUAGCGAAGCACAAUUUCAUGUCUGGUCAAUCUGCUUCUAGGCAUGUUGGAAGCAUUCUAGGUUACCUCUGUUCUUGGUUAACCUGCAUUUGUUAAUGAAAGAGACCUGCAUUGAUGUGCCGUGAGAUCAUCAUAUUUUGUUUAAUGAUGGUGAAAUUAUUCUUGUGAAGAUACAUCAUACAUGCCAAAUGAGAUGAUCUAGUAGGCAACUACUAAUAAGCGUUCUGUGUCUUGGAUUUUGGUAUACCCUUAUUUUUCUUGUACCUGCAUGUGGAGGAUGAUUGUUGUUAAGAUAAUAGAAGCUCACUUAUUCAUGGAUGUUUUGUGCCCUUUGCCUGUUUGUUCCCAGAUAGUAAGUGGUAGUACCCUAUAACAAAGGAUUUGUUGGGAUGAUGUUUUGUGUAUUAUUAAGUGUUUAAAUAUCUUUUAUAUUUGUAGCUGAGAUGCUUUAAGUCCUGUAUUUCUGUUUAGGAAUUUAUGUUUCUUCUCUUGGGUUUGGUGUCUAGCCCUAUUAUGUUGGCUUUGCAGUUGACUUGAAGGUACUUCUCAUGAUAACUUGGACUCUGAUCCAAGUAAUCAAGAGUAUAACAUUUGUGCUGAAGUUUCUGUUGUCUUACUGGAAGUGUUUGCCCCUUUUAUAUGUUUGAUAUACUGUGACCUUGCUCUGGAGAUUGAGGUAGUAGGUUUUGGUAAGAGGAUAUUUUGGAUUUUGUGCCUGCAAGUGAGGAUGCUGGAAAUUAUGCAGACAUCUAUAAUUUAUCCAUACCAGAAAGCUUUAUCGUUCUUCUGGUGAUCUUAUGGUUUCUUGUCUACAUAAGAAUUGGCAGAAAUGAAAUGAGCAAUGUCUAUCAAAGUUGCUGUCGAGCUUUUCCGAUCCUCUAAAUUAGCCAUUUAUCUUUUCUGCCUUGUUGCAUAAUGUGUAUCAUUAUUUUCGAGAACAUCCAGCUGCAGAAAUAGCGUGUAUCUUAUUUUCCUGGAGACUAGUUCACAUGCAAAGCUCAUUGGAUAGGUUCUAUAUUGAGGCAGGAUAAUGGAGGGAACAAACAAUUAUUGGUGAAGCACAAACAAAUAAAUAUCAAUAAAGCACAAUUGACUAGCAAAGUUCAAUUGAUCAGGAUACUGAGUGCAAGAUCAAGCAUAAAUCUCCUACAUUAGAUGCCAUUUACUUUAUGGCUUGGAUAAUUGGGAAUUGUAUAUUAUGCUAUCCCUAUUUCUCAAGACCUUGAUAUACCCAUGCCGCACCAGAGUUGUGCAUGUACGAUUGCAGUUUUGGCUGAUAUCUGUAUCUUCCUGCAUGAGCGAGAGGUUAUCCACUACCCGCCCCCAAUUCUCCCUACCUCCGGGGUCCUGGGCUGUGUGGGGGCCUGGGCGGGCAGCAGGCCGGCUGAUAUCUGUAUCUUUAAAAAUCAUUAUACAAGUGUACUUUAAAUUAUUAAAUCGGACGCUACUAGGUAAAAGAGAUAAGGAUGCUGAUGCCAACCAAGUUGUGCUUGGAGUAAAUCAGUUGCAGCACUUAUGAGUUAUUGUGGAGGUUAAUGAAUUUUAUUCAAGUGAGUGGGUUAUUGAAUUUACAAUAAGUUACUGCAGUUUUAAAUUUGGAAAACUUGCAGUCGUUAUUGGCUGAAGAGCUUCAUUGCUGUUCAAGAGAAGAUGAUCAGUACAACUAGUGAUGCCUAGAAUCAGAUAGAAAUUCAGCUACCAUCAUUUCAUGGUACCUAUCUUAGGCAAAUAUCUGCAGGAGGAUUACUUUUCAAGCUUACAGCUAUCAAGAUGGUUCAGAAGUAAUGCGUGAGGGCUUCAUGAUGAUGCAGAAUGAAUAGUUGUUGGGAAGGAAAACUGAUGACCUUGCAGAUGCCAGUGGUUUUUGCAUGAAUAAGUUUUAGAAUACAGCUGGGUGAAGAUAUUCUGGCACUAAAUCCUUGUCUCAUGACUCGUGAUUGUACGGGAGCAGUCUGAGGAGGGAAGAUACCUUUUCCUUUUCUUUUAUUUGAUAAUAUUUGUUUUUCUUGCAUUAGUGAUGUUGAGAUUUCAAAUUCAUUCAGCUUUCCUUCUUCCUUGAAGCAGAAACUAACUUUUCUUGGGAAAUUUUGCUCGGAAGAGUUAAUGAUUUAUCAUUGUAGUCUUCUUGUUAAUGUUGCAGUAGUAAUUAGUAGGCUGGACGCUGGUACCAGAAAAUAUGUGGGCGUAAUGGAGCAUUUAAUUGAAAGGGUGGUUGACUGCAUGAGUAAACUUAUCAUAUAAUAAGUCAUUUAUAUCUUUCUAAAGCAAAUAACAUAUUCAAAGACCUGCAAAGGUGCUCAAGGAGAUUGUGCGUUAAUGGCCCUGAGUAAAGGAAACCAUGCAUUAUCUCCCUUCAAUAAGCCCACCUUUAUUUGGUGAGCAUUUGCAGAGAGCUGCUGUAAGGAGAUUUUGCGUCUUGAUCUACGUUUUCCAUGUUUUAAUCCAUAUAAAUGUCCCACAUGCUACCUUUACAGUUAUCAAUAAGCUUUUCAUUUUGUGAAGGCCAAAUCUGAAACCAGGUCGUUCUUACCUUUGCAAUCCUGUUGGUCUUUUCAGUUCUCAAGCUUAUCCAAAGAGUAUGUCCAUGGACCGAUCAAUGUGUUUUUACAGAAGAUGCUUGGACGUGGGUCAUCAGUAUAAUUGCAAGCAACUCCUGAAGUCAUUGUCCAUCCCUUUAUCUGGAGCAGGAAGGGGUAUUUAGCUCGUCAGCAUCCAUUCUUCUGGAAAAGACACUGAGGCUGUUCCGUUAAAUUCCUCCUGUAACAAGCUUCUUCACCCAAGACAUGCGAUAGCUAUAACGGAGUGGAUUUCUUGGUGGAAGACCAAACUGCAAAGAGUUUGUUGCUGCUUCCUCACUUGAGGUCACACAUUGGCUUGGCUGUUGGUUGGUCCAAUCCAGCAUCGAAGUUGUCAGUUUUAGAGAUUGGGGAUCCAGUUCAGGAAUUGUUUCUUGUUAGGAGAUAUCAAAAAGACCAGAGCGGAGGAAAGAUGCACUUCAAGGUUUACUCAGCAACUGAGAGACUGGAAGUUCUCGUGUACAGGGAAGAUUUUCCUUUCUUGUUAGAUACAUCAGGUAAUUUAGUACGUGAAUCUUAUAGCCAGAUAUUUGAGAAGAAAACAAAAUUGUAGCAAUAUGGUAUCCCAUCAUGAUGUAAAAAUGAGAUUUUGAGGAGCUGAGGUAAGUAAAUGGCCAUUCAGUUGAACGAUUAAUAAAAAGUUGCUUGUAACCUGUAACUGUUACAUAUGAUAGUGUUAUCACUAGUUUGGAGUUUUUACAA